AUGUGGUGUUUUAUUAUUACUGCUAUCAGUAUGAUUUUAAAUUCUCUGUUACUUAUGAUGUCGGCAGCUAUAAACACUAUUAAUUCUACAGAUGUGGGCGAUGAUCAGUUCAAGUUUCCAUUUCAUCCUCAGAGCAAUGCUAACCUCACGGAAGAUGAAAUAGCAUUUCUAGGUACUCGGCCCGGGCAAAUGUUGACGAAUCGUUUACCUCAAGAAUGGUCCACUCUGUGCAGUAUUCUACGAGGGUUGGAAUGUCUACAUGCGCCAACUAAGCAAAGUGUUAAGAAUGCUUUGAAAAUAGUGCAACCGGUUUGCGCGUCAUGUUCAGUUAAUGGUGGGAAUACAUUAAGAUUCGAAGACUUAAGACAAUUUCUACAAAAUCCGACAGUAAAGAAUACCUAUGCCGUAACGAUAAAAUGUCACGAUGGAGGGAAUAUCUCACUACCGUAUCCAAUGCGUGCCGAUGGACUGAAGUACAUACAUGUUCACAAUUGUUUCAUAAUUGAUUCGAUGGCUGAUUAUUUCAACGAUGAAAUAAACCUUAUUCCGGACACACUAUUGUAUUACGCUAUUACGAACUCCGUUUUUUAUGUGGACUCUGUUAAGUUUUCUCGAAUGAUCAAAAACAUUCAAUACAUGACAAAAGCAGCAAAAUGUGGCCCAGAAAAGGAUCUCAUGAUUGCAAUCAGUAGAAACAUUUCGUUUGCAUUUAGCAAGUUUGUUAUGCCAACUGUGGAAUCCAUGAAGAGUGAGGAGACACCGGUUGCAGCACGUACGUUCUAUCGCGGGGUGUCUCGUGCUGCUUUCACAUGCAAUUAUACAAAACUGAUAGAAAUAGACCGAAGUAUAGCAAAGAAUCUUGGAUCGAAGCAUGACAGUGUCCUCUUACAAAACUCAGAAUUCCCAUCACUUCAAGUGUUUAAUUUGUCACAUGUAUUACUACGAGAGUUGCCUGGAAAACUAGAUGACUGGAGGCUGUACUUUCCUCGCAUGAAAUACUUGGAUUUAUCACAUAAUAGAAUAAGUGAUUUCAAAGGCGUGUUGGAUUAUGGGAUUAGGUCGGAAGACCAUAGCAUGGGUACACUGGAUUUGCGCUACAACAAUAUAACAACUAUAACCCUGAAACAACUGCAUUCAUUACAACACCAUAGAUUUGUGAAAGUAGACAUUCGAAACAAUCCUUUUGAUUGUAACUGUGGUAUGCGUGACUUUGUCCAGUUCUUUCGUCAUGAAAACAACUUAACUACUGAUGGUGUAGUGGGACAGUAUAUCUACUUGCAGGACCUAGAAUGCCAGAGACCGGUAACUUUGAAAGGUCGUAGAAUUGUUGGUUUGACUUUCAACGAAUUAGGCUGUGAGUUGGAAACGACAACAUUGCUAGCUGCACCCAUCAUUAUAUUGUGUCUCAUUGUCGUUAUUCUCGUCGUUUUUAUCAUCAUUAUGAUCAAAUACAGGAAAGAAAUUGUGAUUUUGGCAUUUACGAGAUUAAAUAUUUUACUUCCUUGUCAACGAGUCGAAGACAACGCUGGGAAAAAUUUCGACGCGUUCGUUUCAUACAGUCAGCACGAUUCUGAUUGGGUAUUGAACACUUUGGUACCUGGUCUAGAACGUCCAAAUGGACUUGACCCGUUUAAACUCUGCCUUCAUCAACGGGAUUUUGCUGUUGGAACUGCCAUUGCGGAAAACAUUGUGAACAGUGUUGAAGCCAGUCGCCACACUAUUCUCGUUAUUUCUCGUAAGUUCCUCGAGAGUGAAUGGUGUUUGAUGGAAUUUAGAACAGCAUUUCAUCAAAGUUUGUUAGAAAAAAAGAAACACCUUAUUCUUGUCACACUUGAACACCUAGCCCCAGAAGAGCUUGAUGCCGAUUUGAAGCGCUGUAUGCAGACAUUGACAUAUGUUAAUAUCAACGAUAGGCUGUUUUGGGACAAAAUAAUAUUUUCCUUGUCUGAUAAAAUAAAAAUAGGCAGAGAUAAACGAUUUUUCAGCAAUAUAAAACGCGCUUUCCUUCACGGAUAUAAACAAAAUCGAGAGGUCAAUGACAAUGAUGCGAAGUGA